GCUGCGCUCGUCGUGUGGCCACCGUCGUGCUUUGGAAAUAGCUCGGCACAACGCUGAAGUGGAUCAAAAGCGCCAUACGGUCGUCGAGUCUGAAAAGAUGUUGUAAAAACUGUUAUUGAGUAGUAAGAGGCUGUUUUAACGUACAGAAACUGCACUCGGCGCAAAGUCAUCGAGUGAGGGACAAUGGCAGCUCCCUAUCCUUACAGAGUAGUCCCUCCGGGGUUGCCACCAGGUGUGCCUCCAGGUGUACCUCCGGUAGUACCCCCAGGUGUCCCACCGGGCGUUCCUCCAGUUGUCCCCCCUCCUGCACCAAUUCCAGACUACAUGUCUGAGGAAAAACUUCAGGAAAAAGCAAGGAAGUGGCAGCAGCUGCAGGCCAAACGCUAUGCAGAGAAAAGGAAGUUUGGCUUUGUGGACGCCCAGAAAGAAGACAUGCCCCCUGAGCAUGUCCGAAAGAUCAUUAGGGACCAUGGAGAUAUGACCAAUAGAAAGUUCCGCCACGACAAAAGAGUCUACCUGGGUGCUCUGAAGUACAUGCCUCACGCAGUGCUGAAGCUCCUGGAAAACAUGCCGAUGCCCUGGGAGCAGAUCAGAGAUGUCCCUGUGCUCUACCACAUCACUGGAGCCAUUUCCUUCGUGAAUGAAAUCCCUUGGGUCAUAGAACCUGUCUACAUUGCCCAAUGGGGCACCAUGUGGAUCAUGAUGCGUCGUGAGAAGCGUGACAGACGGCACUUCAAAAGGAUGAGAUUUCCACCGUUUGAUGAUGAGGAGCCACCGCUGGACUAUGCUGACAACAUCCUGGAUGUAGAACCUCUGGAGGCCAUUCAGAUGGAGCUCGAUUCUGAGGAGGAUUCCUCAGUUGUGGACUGGUUCUAUGAGCACCAGCCCCUCAAGGAUAAUACCAAAUUUGUGAACGGCACAACUUACCGUCGCUGGCAGUUCACUCUCCCGAUGAUGUCCACCCUCUAUCGAUUGGCCAAUCAGCUUUUAACAGAUCUGGUGGACUUCAAUUACUUUUAUCUUUUUGACCUGAAGGCCUUCUUCACUUCAAAAGCUUUAAACAUGGCCAUUCCAGGAGGACCAAAGUUUGAGCCACUGGUCAGAGACAUAAACCUGCAGGAUGAAGACUGGAACGAGUUCAACGACAUCAACAAAAUCAUCAUCCGGCAACCAAUCAGGACGGAGUACAAGAUUGCUUUCCCAUAUCUGUACAAUAACUUGCCGCACCACGUCCACCUUACCUGGUACCAUACACCCAAUGUGGUAUUUAUCAAGACUGAGGAUCCAGAUCUUCCAGCGUUCUACUUUGAUCCACUGAUCAACCCGAUCUCCCACAGACAUUCAGUCAAGAGCCAGGAGCCUCUCCCUGAUGAUGACGAGGAGUUUGAGCUUCCAGAGUUUGUGGAGCCGUUGCUCAAAGAGACGCCGCUUUACACCGACAACACAGCCAAUGGCAUCGCUCUGCUUUGGGCCCCCAGACCUUUUAAUCUGCGCUCUGGUCGCACAAGGCGCGCCAUUGAUAUCCCUUUGGUCAAAAACUGGUACAGAGAGCAUUGCCCUGCAGGACAGCCGGUGAAAGUACGUGUGUCAUACCAGAAACUGCUGAAGUACUACGUGCUCAAUGCUCUCAAACACAGACCCCCCAAGGCUCAAAAGAAGAGGUAUCUGUUCCGCUCUUUCAAAGCAACAAAGUUUUUCCAGUCCACCAAGCUGGACUGGGUGGAGGUCGGCCUGCAGGUCUGCAGACAGGGUUACAACAUGCUCAAUCUGCUCAUUCACCGCAAGAACCUCAACUACCUGCAUCUGGACUAUAACUUCAACUUGAAGCCUGUCAAGACCCUCACCACCAAGGAGAGAAAGAAGUCCAGAUUCGGGAAUGCCUUCCAUCUGUGCAGAGAGGUGCUGCGUCUGAGCAAGCUGGUGGUGGACAGCCAUGUGCAAUACAGACUGGGAAAUGUCGACGCCUUUCAGCUGGCCGACGGGCUGCAGUACAUCUUUGCACACGUGGGACAGCUAACUGGGAUGUACCGCUACAAGUACAAGCUGAUGAGACAAAUCCGCAUGUGCAAAGACCUGAAGCAUCUCGUCUACUACCGGUUCAACACCGGUCCUGUGGGCAAAGGACCAGGUUGUGGCUUCUGGGCUCCCGGUUGGAGAGUCUGGCUCUUCUUCAUGCGUGGCAUAACUCCACUGUUGGAGCGGUGGCUCGGGAAUCUGCUGGCCAGGCAGUUCGAAGGACGUCAUUCUAAGGGUGUCGCUAAGACUGUGACCAAACAGCGUGUGGAGUCUCACUUUGACCUGGAGUUGCGUGCUGCUGUGAUGCACGACAUCCUAGAUAUGAUGCCAGAAGGUAUCAAACAGAACAAGGCCAGAACCAUUCUGCAGCACCUCAGUGAGUCAUGGAGGUGCUGGAAGGCCAACAUCCCAUGGAAGGUGCCCGGUCUGCCUACUCCCAUUGAGAACAUGAUCCUGCGAUACGUGAAGGCCAAAGCUGACUGGUGGACCAACACAGCUCACUAUAACAGAGAGCGAAUUCGCCGCGGAGCUACUGUGGACAAAACGGUGUGCAAGAAGAACCUGGGCAGGUUGACCCGUCUGUACCUGAAAGCCGAGCAGGAAAGACAGCACAACUAUCUGAAGGAUGGACCAUACAUCACUGCAGAGGAGGCCGUGGCCAUCUACACCACCACUGUGCACUGGCUGGAGAGUCGGCGCUUCUCUCCCAUUCCGUUCCCUCCGCUGUCCUAUAAACACGACACAAAGCUGCUGAUCCUGGCUCUGGAGAGACUCAAAGAGGCAUACAGUGUGAAGUCUCGUCUGAAUCAGAGUCAGAGGGAGGAGCUGGGCCUGAUAGAGCAGGCCUACGAUAACCCCCAUGAGGCUCUUUCCAGGAUCAAGCGUCACCUUCUCACACAGAGAGCUUUCAAAGAGGUUGGCAUUGAGUUCAUGGACCUGUACAGCCACCUGGUGCCUGUGUAUGACGUGGAACCCCUGGAGAAGAUCACUGAUGCGUACCUGGACCAGUACCUGUGGUACGAGGCAGACAAGAGGAGGCUUUUCCCUCCCUGGAUUAAGCCGGCAGACACUGAACCACCACCGCUUCUGGUCUACAAGUGGUGCCAAGGCAUCAACAACCUGCAGGAUGUGUGGGAAACCGCUGAAGGAGAGUGCAACGUGAUGCUGGAGUCUCGCUAUGAGAAGAUGUACGAGAAGAUUGAUCUAACUUUGCUCAAUAGGCUAUUGCGUCUUAUUGUUGACCACAACAUCGCCGAUUACAUGACGGCCAAGAACAACGUGGUGAUAAACUAUAAGGACAUGAACCACACCAACUCUUACGGCAUCAUCAGGGGACUCCAGUUCGCCUCCUUCAUUGUUCAGUAUUACGGCCUGGUGAUGGACCUGCUAGUGCUUGGUUUGCACCGUGCCAGCGAGAUGGCGGGUCCUCCCCAGAUGCCCAAUGACUUCCUGAGUUUUCAGGACACCACCACAGAGUCGGCCCACCCCAUCAGGCUGUACUGUCGCUACAUUGAUCGCAUUCACAUCUUCUUCAGAUUCUCUGCUGAUGAGGCCAGAGACCUGAUUCAGAGGUAUCUGACGGAGCACCCAGACCCCAACAAUGAGAACAUAGUGGGAUACAACAACAAGAAGUGCUGGCCUCGUGAUGCCCGCAUGAGAUUGAUGAAGCACGACGUUAACCUUGGACGAGCGGUGUUCUGGGACAUCAAGAACCGCCUGCCCAGAUCUGUGACCACAGUACAGUGGGAGAACAGCUUUGUGUCGGUCUACAGCAAAGACAACCCCAAUCUGCUCUUCAACAUGUGCGGCUUUGAGUGCCGCAUCCUCCCCAAGUGCCGCACCAGCUAUGAGGAGUUCACUCACAAGGAUGGCGUCUGGAACCUGCAGAAUGAGGUCACCAAAGAGAGGACAGCGCAGUGUUUCCUGCGGGUCGAUGAUGAAUCCAUGCAGCGCUUCCACAACAGAGUGCGUCAGAUCCUCAUGGCUUCAGGAUCCACCACCUUCACCAAGAUUGUGAACAAGUGGAACACGGCCCUCAUCGGUCUGAUGACGUACUUCCGAGAGGCUGUAGUCAACACACAGGAGCUCCUGGACCUUCUGGUGAAAUGCGAGAACAAGAUCCAGACCCGAAUCAAGAUUGGGCUGAACUCGAAGAUGCCGAGUCGUUUCCCUCCUGUGGUCUUCUACACUCCCAAAGAGUUGGGCGGUCUUGGCAUGUUGUCCAUGGGUCACGUGCUCAUCCCGCAGUCAGACCUGCGAUGGUCCAAGCAGACAGAUGUGGGCAUCACCCACUUCAGGUCAGGAAUGAGUCAUGAAGAAGAUCAGCUCAUUCCUAACUUGUACCGCUACAUUCAGCCAUGGGAGAGCGAGUUCAUCGACUCUCAGAGAGUCUGGGCUGAGUAUGCGCUCAAGAGACAGGAGGCCAUCGCCCAGAACAGGCGUCUGACUCUGGAGGAUUUGGAAGACUCUUGGGACAGAGGAAUUCCUCGAAUCAACACACUUUUCCAGAAGGACAGACAUACGCUGGCCUAUGACAAAGGCUGGAGAGUGCGGACGGACUUCAAACAGUAUCAGGUGCUGAAGCAGAAUCCAUUCUGGUGGACCCACCAGAGGCAUGACGGUAAGCUGUGGAACCUGAACAACUACCGCACAGACAUGAUCCAGGCUCUGGGUGGAGUGGAGGGCAUCCUGGAGCACACCCUCUUCAAAGGCACUUACUUCCCCACCUGGGAGGGUCUCUUCUGGGAAAAGGCCAGCGGCUUUGAGGAGUCCAUGAAAUGGAAGAAGCUGACGAACGCCCAGAGGUCUGGUCUGAACCAAAUCCCGAACCGUCGCUUCACUCUGUGGUGGUCCCCCACCAUCAACAGAGCCAACGUCUACGUGGGUUUCCAAGUGCAGCUGGACUUGACAGGAAUCUUUAUGCACGGCAAGAUCCCCACGCUAAAGAUCUCCCUCAUUCAGAUCUUCAGAGCUCACUUGUGGCAGAAGAUUCAUGAGAGCAUCGUCAUGGAUCUCUGUCAGGUGUUUGAUCAGGAGCUGGAUGCUCUGGAGAUAGAAACCGUGCAGAAGGAGACCAUCCACCCCAGGAAGUCCUACAAGAUGAAUUCCUCCUGUGCAGACAUCCUCCUGUUUGCGUCAUACAAGUGGAACGUGUCUCGACCAUCUCUGCUCGCUGACUCAAAGGAUGUGAUGGACAGCACCACCACACAGAAAUACUGGAUUGACAUUCAGCUCCGAUGGGGCGACUAUGACUCUCAUGACAUUGAGCGCUAUGCCAGAGCCAAGUUCCUGGACUACACCACAGACAACAUGAGUAUCUACCCCUCCCCCACCGGAGUGCUCAUUGCUAUCGACCUGGCUUACAACCUGCACAGUGCCUAUGGUAACUGGUUCCCUGGGAGCAAGCCUCUGAUUCAGCAGGCCAUGGCCAAGAUCAUGAAGGCCAACCCGGCUCUGUAUGUGCUGAGAGAGCGCAUUCGCAAGGGUCUGCAACUCUACUCUUCAGAGCCCACUGAGCCUUACCUGUCCUCUCAGAACUACGGCGAACUGUUCUCUAACCAAAUCAUCUGGUUUGUGGAUGACACCAAUGUGUACAGAGUCACUAUCCACAAGACUUUUGAAGGAAACUUGACCACAAAGCCCAUCAAUGGAGCCAUUUUCAUUUUCAACCCCAGGACAGGCCAGCUUUUCCUCAAGAUCAUCCACACAUCUGUGUGGGCUGGACAGAAACGUCUGGGACAGCUGGCCAAAUGGAAAACAGCUGAGGAAGUUGCUGCCCUGAUCCGCUCCCUCCCAGUGGAGGAGCAGCCGAAGCAGAUCAUUGUGACGAGGAAGGGAAUGCUGGACCCACUGGAGGUCCACUUGCUCGACUUCCCCAACAUUGUGAUCAAGGGCUCAGAGCUCCAGCUGCCCUUCCAGGCUUGCUUGAAGGUGGAGAAGUUUGGAGACCUGAUCCUUAAGGCUACAGAGCCACAGAUGGUGCUGUUCAACCUCUAUGACGAUUGGCUGAAGACCAUCUCAUCUUAUACAGCCUUCUCCCGACUGAUCCUGAUCCUAAGAGCACUCCACGUCAACAACGACCGUGCCAAGGUGAUCCUGAAACCUGAUAAAACCACCAUAACGGAGCCCCAUCACAUCUGGCCCACACUUACUGAUGAGGAGUGGAUCAAGGUGGAAGUUCAACUAAAGGAUCUCAUUCUGGCCGAUUAUGGCAAAAAGAACAACGUGAAUGUGGCCUCACUUACCCAGUCUGAGAUUCGUGACAUCAUCCUGGGUAUGGAGAUCUCCGCCCCGUCUCAGCAGCGCCAGCAGAUCGCUGAGAUCGAGAAACAGACCAAAGAGCAGUCCCAGCUCACAGCCACACAGACCCGCACCGUCAACAAACAUGGAGACGAGAUCAUCACCUCCACCACCUCCAACUAUGAAACACAGACCUUCUCCUCAAAGACGGAGUGGAGAGUCAGGGCCAUAUCUGCUGCUAACCUCCACCUCCGGACCAACCACAUCUAUGUGUCUUCUGAUGACAUCAAAGAGACAGGUUACACAUACAUUCUGCCCAAGAACGUUCUAAAGAAGUUCAUCUGCAUCUCAGAUCUGCGCGCUCAGAUUGCAGGCUACCUGUAUGGCACCAGCCCACCAGACAACCCCCAGGUGAAGGAGAUCCGUUGCAUUGUCAUGGUACCUCAGUGGGGAACACAUCAGACUGUCCACCUCCCCAACCAGCUGCCCUCUCAUGAAUACCUUAAAGAAAUGGAGCCCCUUGGCUGGAUCCACACACAGCCCAAUGAGUCGCCACAGCUGUCCCCACAGGACGUUACAACCCACGCUAAGGUCAUGGCUGAUAACCCGUCAUGGGAUGGAGAGAAGACCAUCAUAAUCACAUGCAGCUUCACACCUGGUUCAUGCACGCUCACCGCCUACAAGCUGACACCCAGCGGCUAUGAAUGGGGUCGCCAGAAUACCGAUAAAGGCAACAACCCUAAAGGUUACCUGCCAUCCCACUAUGAAAGGGUCCAAAUGCUGCUGUCUGAUCGCUUCCUGGGCUUUUUCAUGGUUCCUGGCCAAGUCUCCUGGAACUACAACUUCAUGGGUGUGCGGCACGAUCCAAACAUGAAGUACGACCUUCAGCUGUCGAACCCCAAAGAGUUCUACCAUGAAGUCCAUCGGCCUUCGCACUUCUUAAACUUCGCCUCGCUGCAGGAGGGCGAGAUUUACAACGCUGACAGAGAGGACAUGUUCGGCUGAGCGCCACUUUUCUACUCCUCUAACGUUUGUAGAUAGGUCUGCCAGAAUCAUGAAGAGCCAGUCCAGAGAUCUCUGCAAUAUUUCCUCUGAGUUCAUUUAAUUCUGGUGGAUCUUUUAAUAUUUCGUUUUUGUUCAUUAUUUUUACAUAAAUGUUUCUUAUUUCUGUCACAUCACAUGGAAACUAUUAGGUCUUGGUUCUUGUGGCUUCUCGUAAACUUUGUGUGUAAACUAGCAAAUUCCUGCACAUGAUAAUUGGUUUAACUUGCAACAUUAGUUCAGAAGGUUAAACUUCCCCUUUUCCCCGUGAGAAAUGAAAUUGAAAGUUGCAUUUUCAUAUGAGAAAUUCCCUGUUGUUUUCCAACUGUACAUCCUGUGAUGUUAUGUUCUGGAUUUAAAUAAAGAUCGGUUUUUAUAAAAGAA